ACCUUGUUCAAUUAACUCCAACCAAACAGAUACGACAGAUUUACUCUCUUAAAUUCUAUUUUCACCAAGCAUUUCCCUUGGAAUUUUGUUGUGGCAAUGGCGCGUUACCUGUACGCUGACCACAUUUUGGAGGCCUUCAACGUAUUCCAUCGUCCACUCAACCUGGACGAGGUGGCUUCGUAUGUGGCCGAAAUGGAGGCCAAGACUGUUGACGAGGUGCGACUGGCGGUGGAUAACACGCUGACCGCCGGCUGGAUGCACGGUUUCCUGGCCAUUGAGGACGGGCUGUUCACGCUGGCCUGCGGCUACUGGGACGAGACGCAGCCGAGCGGCGGCAAGAAAGGGAGACGCCACACAGCGAAAGCAAUGCUAAGGAGUUAAUAGUGAAUCUAUUAGAAUCAAAAAUCGUGUCGCUCUACCAUGGUGUGGGCUUUGCAAAAAAAAAAAAAAAAAAAAAAUAGGGCACAAAAUUGUUUGGAUAAUUUCCGAAAAUUGCUAGAAAUAAAACCGUAAUGCUUUCC